AUUGGCAUUAUUAAAUUAGCUACUAGUACACAUGAGCUAGCUAGCAAGUAGGGGCUAUCUCUCGCUCGCGAUGUCCUUCGAUUUUGACGAUGAAGACCAGAACGUCCCUUAUGCAUAUUAUACACCAGGGACCCUUCAGCGGGACACGGCCCAAAACGUGUGGCUGGUGCCGCACACAGCAACAAACAGGGCGCCACUGCAGCAGAACAAGCAGCAGGUGCUGCUGGAGCUCAUCGGUGCAUCUUCCACCAGCGAACGCUCCGGGUUGGACCUCGUGGCUGUCCUGGACAUCAGCUACAGCAUGACGGGUGAGAACAGGCUCGGCAGGAUGAAGACCGCCAUGCAGUUCGUCAUCAAGAAGCUCAGCCCCAACGACCGUCUCUCCAUCGUCACAUUCUCCGACGACGCUGAGAGGCGGUGCCAUCUUCGUUCCAUGACCCAGGCUUCGAAGGCACACCUGGAGGAUCUCGUCGACGGCCUGGGAGUCAUCAACAUGACCAACAUGAAAGCCGGCCUCGAGACUGGCCACAAAAUCCUCGACGACCGCCGUAUCGCCCGCGGCCGCGCUGCCAGCAUCUUUAUAUUGUCCGAUGGGGACCAGAACAAAGGCGAUGCUACGACUGUUGAUGUCAGCGAUGUGGCGGUCUACACGUUUGGUUUUGGUGCAGACUCCAACCACAAGGUGCUGGGGGAGAUCGCAAUGAAGAGCAAAGGAGGAACGUUCAACUUUGUAGAGGACGGGGAGAGUAUGAGCGAGCCGUUCUCCCAGAUCCUGGGUGGCCUUCUCAGCAUUGUCGUCCAGGACCUGAAGCUCACCGUGUCCCCAAACCCAGGCGACUCCACGAUAGAGAAGGUGAACGCCGGUCUCUACCUGCAAACCAAGGACACCAACACCGGCUCGGUAACCGUCAGCUUUGGCGAUCUCUUUGCUGCAGAACUACGCAACAUUAUGAUCGAUGUCCUCCUCCCUACCGUCCACAGGAGUAAGAACGUGACUGUCAUCAUCGCCAGUUGCACAUAUAGUAUCAACGGAAAACCCUUCGUCUCCCAUGAAUUUAGGGUCACUAUACGCCGCACCGGAUCAGCUGACCCUUCGUCUCCAAUUUCGGAGGCCGUGCUCACCGAGCAAGUCCGUCAAAUCUACAUAGAGGACUUACGGCAGGCGAUUACACUGGCAGACAGUGUGGGCCUCCAAGGAGCCAAUAACAAGCUGGUGGAAGCCAGGAACAACCUUCAACUUGAGCGGUCCAACUCCAUGAUUGACAUCCUCAGGGCCCAGCUGGAUAAGCUCAUCGAGUUGAUCAGCUCGGGAAUGGGGUUGAGGGCUCUCCGCGCAUGCCUGCUGUCGAUGAUGAUGUUGCAUGGCCGCCAGCGCGUCACGGAGACAGGCCCCGUCAUGGGCCAUAAGCUCUACGUGACGCAGUUCACGGACAUGUCCCGGAAGCAGGCCGGAGAUCAUGAGAAGGACCCCGCCAAGGUGCCGCCGCCAGCCUCUCAGGACGUCGACCAGGCGAAGAUAGUAAGAGAUCAGCAGGGCAUCAAGAGGCCGCCAGCCGUGGUGGAGGCGACCACCUGCAGCUGGAGGACCUGGUGGAGGGAUCGGAAAUCACAUCACGAGAGCUCUAGGUGGGCGAUGGCUAUCCUUUGCACGGUCCUCGCCAUCGCCAUGAUCGUGAUCGGCGUCACGCUGCUCGCCGUGUACCUCCUCAACAUGCCCAAGAUGCCGUACCUGGUGGUCUCCGACGCGCAGCUGGGGGCACUACGGUACGCCCAGCAGGACGGCACCAUCCAGUACCUUCAGCUGCCUAUCACCAUCCUGGCCGAGAACAACAACUCCAAGGCGGAUGCCACUUUCUCCCGUGUCGACCUCGCACUGCAAUUCCACGGAGUCGACGUGGCUCUCCUGCGGACGCCAGCGCCGUUCGUCGUGGCGGCGGAGAGCUCCCUCCCACUGCAGUACAACGUGGUGUCGACGGGACGGAGACUGGACCCAGCUGGGAUGCGGUCCAUGGACCAGUCGCUCAACGCCGGCAUGGUGCCGUUCGACCUGCGGGGCAAGGCACGCACGCGCUGGAAAGUGGGCAUCUUCCUCAAGGCUCACUUUUGGACGCGCAUCUCGUGCCGUCUACACUUCUUCCCCAGCAACAGCACCGUCAUGCCCACCGAUCUUCGCAGAUGCCGCUCUAGGUAACCGUAGUCGAUCGUCAGUGCUGCUCCUCCUCUGCUAGCUCGCCGAGUGGAUCCACUUGUAUCAAACACAGCACAUAUACACAUAACCAAUGUUGUACAUACAUACAUAUAUAUAAGCCGCACCGCAGCAGCGAGAGCUCAGUCAAUUUAGCACUCAUAAAAUACAUUUGUAAUUCAAUUUUACUAGUCAUUACCCUACAUUCGCACGGGCUAGUCUAUUACACUCUAAAAUAUU